AUGGGCGCCAGCAUCCCAAAGCAGUACAUCAAAUUGAUGGGCUUGGAGAUUGCCUUGCACUCGUUGGACACAUUCUUGGCCUGUGAUGUUGCAGAGAUAGUAAUUGUUUGUGCGGAAGAAUGGCAACACAUUUUCAAAGACCAUUUGGAGAAGGUGGGUCCAACUGAAGUUGAUGUGAAGUUCACAACAGGAGGCAAAGAACGUCAAGAUUCCGUCAACAACGGUGUUGCAAAAAUUGAUGCACCGAUUGUAGCGAUACAUGAUGGAGCACGUCCUCUCGUCACGAAGGAGGAGGUGGAAAGAGUGGUUGCGGAUGCUCGAGAACAUGGCACGGCUUUACUUGCAGUCCGGACUAAAGCUACGAUCAAGCAGGCUGUUGGUGAGUCGGACACCUUUGUUGAGAGCACUCCAAAGCGGAAGCUACUGUGGGAAGCCCACACGCCACAAGUGAUUCGAAGCGAAUUGUUACGCAAAGGGUUUGAAAAGGCGGAGAAGGAGGGCUUGGAUGUGACUGAUGAUGUCUCCUUAGUGGAACAGCUGGGCGAAAAAGUCAAGCUGACCGAAGGCGAGUACACAAACAUCAAAGUUACAACCCCCGAAGACAUUGCGGUUGCGGAGACGAUAUUAAAGGAACGUGGCUUUGUGGCCCCGGCAGCAUGUUGGGCCAGACCUGAGCGAAACGCAGCAGGUUGGCUGUUGGUGUCCUGCAUGUCAAUGUCCGUGCCAGCUGUUCGUUACUCCGAUUGGGACUGUCAGGGAGCGAGGUUGGUGCAACCCAGACGAAGGAUCGGAGUGGCUGUGCUCCGGAACAAUGCCUCGGAUGAUGUUUACUACCAGAAGGUCGUGCUUUUCUCAGCAGCCUUAGCAUUGCAAGUCAACAAGCUCACGAGCAAACUUGACGAGCAGCAGAGCCUGCUUGAAAGCGAGCAGGACAACGCGGCGGCCUCCGAAGUAGUCCGGCAGCAGCGGGCAGACUCCUCAGCAUCUGCAAGCGGUCUUCAAGAAAUGCAGCGGCAGAAGGCUCAAAGAGCACAAGACGCAGAAGGCAGCGAAGAAACCCUGAAGCAGCGAUACCCCAGGAGAUGGUACGACAGCAUCAUGCCUUUCCAGCCUCCAUGGGAUAGCCGCCCGACGGUGGGGGAGGUGCGUCAACGGCUGGAGGAUCAAACAAAUCAUGCUGUCGGGAGCUUGGCCAACAGCUCGCAGAUCGUUGACAGCAAGUUUUGCUUCCCACGUACCAGGCAGAAUGGUGGCGACGCAGAGAUUGGCACCGUGCAGCUACCAAGGCUGGUUGGCGAGUACUCUACCAAGAGCUUCCAGAACAAGCUGGGCGACAUGUUGCAGAAGGAAGCCCAGCAAGGUGAAGUUUGCGACGAAUCGCCAUGCCGUUGGGCAUUGGCGGAGGAGUGCCAUGCCGACAUCUUUGCUCGAUACGGCUUUAAGUCCGGGACUGGUGUGGAGCGCCUCCGGCCCAUCGUGUUGAUCUUCCAGAAAUUUCCAGACCUCGCAGACAAGGUGCAGAAGCUGUGGAAGCUGCUAGGCUUGAAGUCCUCGCCCGCGGAGUUCUUCAUUGAUGACAAGCCUCAACAGGUUUCGCAGGAGCUGCCCGUACCGCAGACCGAGAAGAGAAUUCUGUCGAAGGCACGGGCUCUGGCCUUUCAGGCAGAGCUCCUUGGGGCAUUCUCUGCGCCUGCUUUCCAGAAGAAGUUGGCCGAGAUGUCCAGAAAACAUUUCACGCACCUGCAAGACCCUGACAGCAGGGCAGAGCUGGACUCAAUCUUGGAGAAGACCAAACUCGAGAUCUUGCCUGUGUACGGCUACGAGGCAUCCUCCAAAGGCCUGCAGGACCUGGACGUUGACAUGCAACAGUUUGACAACGAUGCGGACAUCUUUGUCAGUGCCGUAGCUAUCGAAGAGGCACUCUUCCCCUAUUGCCAGACGGGGCGUGCGCUGACGACAGACAAGGGGCCACUGGGCCGAACGGGAUCGAAGCCAACCACGGCUUUCACUGUUGCAAAACUGUUGCGAAAGCAGCUGGCUGCUUUCAGUAGCCCGAGCUUCCAGAACGGGAUUUCCUGCUUGAGGCGCUGUGCAGAUGUGGAGCAGGCAUGCGAAGGAUAUUACCACUUGCGGGGCCGAGCCGAACUAGCCUUGCCCCUACAGCGCCGAAUUCUGCCACAGUAUGGCUUCCAGGGUUCACGUGCCGGCGUUCUGGACAUGGUAAGCCACUGCUCCCAGUUCAUCACGGAUCCUGAAGUUGCACGACUCUUUGACGACAUCAACUUGAAACUGGGGAUGACGCCGGCAGCCUGCGCUCGGUUCCGUGAUACAGCGUGCAUGCUUUUCGGAGAGGCACCGGCACCAUGCCCCACAGCAAUCCUGCGCUCUGAUGUGACUGCUCCAAUGGCCGAAUCUGCCAGCAUCGCUGCCGGCAGCGGCAGCAAUUGA